UUAACAACAUUUAUAUAUUUUGUACAAAAAGUAAAAUUCAAUCUUUUGGAAAAAAAUAAAUAAAUAAAAACUGUGUAUUACAAGAUUAAUAUUUAUGCUAAAGCAAGUGGUGAUGAAUUUUCUGUACCAUAUCGAAGAUAAAAAAUAAGGUAAAUGCCGAAAUAUCACGGGCUGAUGCUUUUUCACUUUUUAAUCUUUGAAACGAACGUGUGUACGCGCUACGUAGUAACUUUUAAUGAAAAAAUUUUUUAAAAAGGAAGGAAAAAUUAAUAAAGUACUACACGAGUUGGCCUACAGAUGCAUAAUUAUAUUAUACACACAUCGCUCGCACUAUCUCAUUCUACACUCACAUUAAUUUAAAAAAAAAAAAAAAAAAAAAAAAAAAAAAAAGAAAAGAAUCUCGGGGCACAGGUAUAUACACGCAGCCAUAGGAGCCGCUCUCGGUGCAACCGACAGAUCUGGAGUUCCCCCAAGCGCUUAACAGGAGUUGUAGACAUGGACCAGCUCGGCGAGACGUAGGCGACCAAGUGUCCGGAUAGUGGAGGGACGAAGGCAGGAAGCACGUCUGAAAAUAGAGACGCCGGAGAGAGAGAGAGAGACGGUACAUAGUACUACACACAUACACGCACCUGUUAGCAUGAGGAAGUGGUUUCGCGAAUCAGCUGCACCGGAGGCGCGUCGACCAACUUUGUCCUGCAGCCUUGACCGCGACUCCGAGGACGGGGUGCCCGUCGUGAUGCCGGAGGGCUGAUGCUUCGGCGGAGCCCAAGCGCCCCCUGGAGUUUUGCUUAUCCCUUGCUCCCCAUCAGCCCCAUCUGAAUUUUAGUCCGUGUGUUCGUCAACAGGGUGGUGGACGGCGAUGAUUUGACGACGGGGUCGUGUGAAGAAAAAAAAAUAAAAUAAAAAAAAGGGGCAGGAGCCCGUGGAGCCACAUCAUAAGCUGGUACGGGCCAUGACAUGGGAGUGCCCGCGCGGGGAGCACUCGCGGCUUUCGUAGCCGCUGCCGCGUUCGCCGUCUACCUGAACAGCUUGGGCUGCGGCUUCGUCUUCGACGACAUAUCCGCGAUAAAGGACAAUCGCGACCUCAGGCCCCACACGCCCCUCAAAAAUGUCUUUUUCAACGACUUCUGGGGCACCCCCAUGCACAAGGAACAAUCGCACAAAUCGUACCGGCCGCUCUGCGUCCUCACGUUCCGUUGGAAUUACAUGAUACACCAGCUGGACCCAAUGGGUUACCACUUGCUCAACGUCCUCCUCCACGUCGGCGUAUGCCUCUUGUACUUCAGGACGUGUUUGAUGUUUUUGCCGGACGUGGCGAGUUUCGUUUCCGCUCUCCUAUUCGCCGUCCAUCCAAUCCACACGGAAGCGGUGACGGGCGUAGUCGGGAGGGCAGAGACGUUAUCGUCCCUCUUCUAUUUGGCGGCUUUCACGACCUACAUCAAGUGCUGUAGGAGCAAGAGAUCCACAGGCUGGAGGUCAUUAAUUAUGUCGAUGUUCUUCGUGUUCAUCGCCAUGCUGUGCAAAGAGCAGGGCAUCACCGUCACCGCGGUCUGCGUUUUGUAUGAAAUAUUCGUUGUACAAAGGGUUAGAGCUUUGGAACUGGUGCUGGCGGCGAGAUCGGCCUUCGAUGGCAAAAAGGUAUCGCUCGCCUGGUCAAGCGAGGGCACGAAGCGCCUUACGGUUGUCACCCUCGUCACGUUUAGUUUAUUAAUAUUAAGAUUGCACGUGAUGGGCUCGAAGCUGCCCGUUUUUACAAGAUUUGACAAUCCCGCGUCCGUGGCUUCGACGCCGACGCGCCAACUGACGUACAAUUACCUCGCGGCCGUCAACCUGCGGCUGCUCUUCCUUCCGAUCGACUUGUGCUGUGACUGGACGAUGGGUACGAUACCCCUGGUCGAGGGCUUCCUGGAUCCGAGGAACCUGGCAACCCUGGCCGCCCACGCCAUUGUCGUCGUGCUUCUCGUCACCGCCCUGCUCACGCGCAGCAGGCAAACCUCCAUCGUCAUCAUAAUGAGCCUGGCCAUGAUGAUCCUCCCGUUUUUACCAGCCUCGAAUCUCUUUUUCCCCGUCGGGUUCGUCGUGGCCGAGCGAGUGCUCUACUGCCCGUCGAUGGGCUAUUGCAUGCUCGUCGGCUACGGCUGUCAAAUACUCCUCGAGAAGAGCAAAAAGCUGACAACGGCGUUUCUGCUGAUUUUGCUGGCGUCGCACGCGACGAAGACGUACGUGCGCAAUUACGACUGGUCGGACGAGUACCAGAUCUUCAUGUCGGGCCUGAAAGUGAACGACCGCAACGCCAAGCUAUUCAACAACGUCGGCCACGCGCUCGAGAGCCAGGGCCGGUUCAAGGAGGCGCUCAGCUUUUUUCACAUGGCCGUGCAGGUGCAGGGCGACGACAUCGGGGCCCACAUAAACGUCGGCCGCACCUACAACCACCUCAAGAUGUUCAAGGAGGCCGAGGACGCCUACUUGAAGGCGAAAUCGCUACUGCCUAAAGCCAAGCCCGGAGAGUCGUACCAGGCUCGAAUAGCCCCGAAUCACCUGAACGUGUUCGUCAACCUGGCAAACCUCAUAGCGAAGAACGCGACGCGACUCGAGGAGGCAGAUCUCCUGUACAGGCAGGCCAUAAGCAUGCGAGCCGACUACACGCUGGCCUACAUCAAUCGCGGUGACGUUCUCAUCAAGCUCAACCGCACCAAGGAGGCCCAGGAGGUGUACGAGCGCGCUCUGUUCUACGACAGCAACAAUCCCGACAUCUACUACAACUUGGGCGUGGUCUUUCUGGAGCAAGGCAAAGCCUCCCAAGCCCUGGCCUACCUCGACAAGGCUCUAGAGUUCGACCCCGAGCAUGAGCAGGCGCUCCUGAACUCGGCCAUACUGCUGCAAGAGCUCGGCCGAGCUGAGCUCCGCAAAGUCGCCAGGGAGCGGCUCCUCAAGCUGCUGAGAAAGGACUCGAACAACGAGCGCGUCCACUUCAACCUGGGCAUGCUCGCCAUGGACGACCACGACAGCGAGAGCGCCGAGCGCUGGUUCCGAAACGCGGUGGCUCUCAAGGAGGACUUCAGGUCGGCCCUGUUCAACCUAGCGCUGCUGCUGGCGGACGAGCAGCGGCCCCUCGAGGCCGCGCCCUUCCUCAACCAGCUGGUCAGGUUCCACCCGGACCACAUAAAGGGCCUGAUCCUCCUCGGCGACAUCUACAUCAACACCAUCAAGGAUCUCGACGCGGCCGAAAACUGCUACCGGCGUAUCCUGCAACUCGACCCGACGAACGUCCAGGGCCUGCACAACCUGUGCGUCGUGAUGGUCGAGCGGGGCAAGCUCGGCCAGGCGGCCAAGUGCCUCGAGCGCACGGCCGCCCUGGCCCCCCAGCAGGACUACGUGCACCGGCACCUGGCCAUCGUCCGAGCACGUAUCAGCCGCCUUUCGCACGAGGAGCUCGUCGACGCGGGGCUCGACGACAGCUUCGACCACGACGACCCUCGGGCAUCCCAGCAGUCGUCGGUCCCGACGACCCCGUCGGCACCGAAGAGCGCAAACGAGGCGAAGGCUAACAACCAUCACUUGGGGAACGAGUACCGGCAGUCGGGGGCUGCUGAUGCUGGGACCACGGAGGCUCGGCUCGGCGUUCAUCGGAAAGAUUUAUCGCAAGAGCACAACAGCGCGAGCGAGCUCAGCCGACUGGCAGCUGAUCAGAGCUCCGUCAUCGGGGGCGGUGGAGGUGUCCUCGAUCGGAUAGUGAGCGCCGACGUGGCCCACGCCGAGAUAACGCAGAAGCGCACCAGUCGCGCGAAGAUCGCCUCGCACGCGAAUAACAAUCGCAGUGGCCCGACCACGAAGGCGCCACCCACGAGCUCAGCUACGAGGAGCAAAGUAUAGAAGAAAACACCGGUGAUGAAGAUACUGGGGAUGAAUAGAUAAUCAAUGGAGGAGUUGUUGUUUUUCUGUUUUUUUUUUUUUUACUCUAUGUUUUUUUUUCUUUUGGAGCGAUUUUUUAAGUGAAUAAAAAAAAAGAUUGAAUGACAAAUGAUGAAUCAAGAAUACAAAGGGCGAGAGGAGGAGAAAAAUAUGUUAAACCCCUGCCGAAUAAUGUAAAGUUAUAACACACAAAAAAAAAAAAUAUAUACUCGUGAAUAUAUAUUAUAUAUAUUUAAGGGAUGUGGCUACGAUGGCGCGUAGCCUGAUGUAGCGCUGGUGUGAAUAUACAAUU